AACGGUUUCACGAUGGACAAUCCCCCAAAAAGAGACUGUACCUUCAGUGUUUCUGUUUUCCAUCACACUGUUGUCCUGCUCCUGCUAACAAGCUGCUGUACAGGUCAGCUUCAGGUCAUUGGUCCUCCUCGGCCACUAGUGGCAUUUAUUGGUUAUGACAUCAUUUUGCCAUGCCACCUGCAACCUGCCGUGGAUGCUGCUACCACAACUGUGGAGUGGUCGAGACCUGACCUGAAACCCAGAUUUGUCCAUGUGUGGCGUUCGGGUCAAGAACUUCUGGAUGAUCAGCAUCCAUCCUACAAAGGAAGAACAUCGCUGUUCAUCGAAAACCUGAAGCAGGGAAACAUUUCACUGAAACUCUCCAGAGUGAAACUAUCUGAUGAGGGAACAUACAAAUGCUUCAUUCCCAUGUUGAAUAUAGACUCUACUGUUGAGCUUGUCUUUGCUGCUCCCAAUGAGGAGGCCAUCUUUAUAGAAAUCAGCUGUGAGGUUGGAGGAAGUCUUGGUUCUGCAGCGCAGAGUCACAGCGUCACCCUUCAUCACUGGAAGAUGCAUUACCUGAAGGAUGGAUGGCUAUCUAAACCUCGACUUGGUGCCAUCUGCGCUUUGCUUUUCCAUCAGACGGCUGUCUUCCUUUUCCUAACACAAUGUUGCGGAGGUCAGUCUCAGAUGUUCGGUCCAUCGCAGCCAAUUGUGGCAGCGGUUGGUGAUGACAUCGUGUUACCAUGCCGCCUGGAACCUGCUGUGGAUGUCACUGACCAAACUGUAGAGUGGACCAGACCUGACCUGAGUCCUAGAUUUGUCCAUGUGUGGCGUGAUGGUGUGGAACUCGAGGCUAAAAAACAUCCGUCCUAUGUAGGAAGGGUGUCAUUGUCCAUCAACAAACUGAAACAUGGAGAUAUUUCAUUGAGACUCUACAAAGUAAAACUCUCUGAUGAGGGAAUAUACAGAUGUUUCAUUCCCACACUGAAUAGGGAAUCUUCUGUCAAGCUUGCUGUUGGUGCAGUCUCCUCACUCAUCAUCAGCUUUAUGAGGACUAAGACAGAUGAAGACAUCAACGGAGUGAUUCUACAGUGUGAGUCUAACGGCUGGUAUCCAGUCCAGAGCCUGAGUGGGUCCGGCUGGAUGGUGGGAGGGAAACCUCCUCUUGCUGGACCUACAGAGACAGUCAGAGGCAACAACUUGACAUCAGACGUGAAACACGAGAACUUCAACUCGCUCAUGAGGGGAAAAAGAUACACUGCAGGUGAUGACAGAAAGCAUUGA